AUUAAAUCGAGAUCACAAAACCAUUUGUGAAAUGGACUGGUCAGACAAAGUAGAAACGUACAACAUUGAUGAUAAAUGUGGGAGGUACAGUAACCAGAGCACCAACAUCCAGUUCCAUCCUAACUCAGUGAAGUUCCAAGAGAGUGCCUCAACGCCGGAGACGUGGGCCAAGUUCAGUCAUGACAACAUCUUCAGGGCAGAGCGAGAAAGGCUGGCAUCCGUCAGUCUUCGUAACUUGAUUGCCUGCGUUCUGGAUGAUGUAUCUUGGGACCUGAGGAUGCAGUGCGCUGCCGUCAAUGAGGCGUUUGCCAAACGCUGCAAGGAGCUGUAUGAUACAAAACGAAAGCUUGAGUUUCAUUUGCAAAAGGUGCUGAAGCAGAUCGCAGCUGAAGAAGCUAACAUUGCUGCUCUCAAACAAGCCAUCAAAGACAAAGAGGCCUCAGCGAAAGUUGCUCAAACACGGCUGUACGACCGCUCCUUCAGGCCCAACGUGGAGUUCUGCAGAGAUGCAGCACAACUCAGGUUGGUCAGUGAAGUUGAAGAAUUGGCAGAGUCCACUGAAGCCCUGAAGAAAAAACUGAUGGAGGCUGAGGAUUCUCUGUGGAACCUGGAGGACACGCAGAUGACUUUAGAAAAAGAAAUAGCUGUGAAAACAAACAGUAUUUUUAUCGACAGGCAAAAGUGCAUGACCCAUCGCGCACGCUACCCUACUAUUUUUAAAUUAGCAGGUUACUAG